UGUGGCCGCCUUUAUAACAGCUGCCGCUGCAGACUGGAACCUCACUUCACCCUCCUGUCAAGCUGAGACAAGAACGGAGGCUCCCAGCAAGUACUUACCAGACGAGUACAGUAGACAACUUGAGGAGCCAUGAGUCUGUGUGGUGUGCUAGUACUGCUGGUGCUGGUGGCAGUCCCAGCCCUGGGCCAGUUUCCCCCAGACAACUGGGAGUUUCCCGACAGGAGGAUAGAGAAUAACGAGGACCUACGCGAGGUGCAGUGCAGGCACACCUGUGAGGACGUCAAGGCCCUGAAGAGGAGGAUGAGAGAGAUGGAGUCACGUGUGCUCGCACUGGAAGAUGCCGCACAAGCGCCUCCUACUGGAUUGUUGAAGAUGCUGCAGCUGGAGGGCAGGAUCAGGGAGUUAGAACAACUGCUCCUGAAGUCCAACAAGCCUUCACCAGAGCAGCAAGUGGUGAAGCCUCGCAAAGACCAAGGAACAGACACCCACAUUUCUGCGUCCUGUGCUGACCUGAAGGAGAAUGGGGAAACCAAGUCUGGCACCUACACCAUCGACCCUGAUGACCUUGACUACGGAGUGGAGCCAUUCCAGGUCUACUGUGACAUGACCAGUGACAAUGAUACUGGAAUCACAGUGGUGGGCCAUGACAGUGAGGAGAGGAUGUUGGUGAACGGCUAUGAGACAGCUGGGUCCUACUCCAAGGACAUAACCUACCACGGAGCCUCCAUGGAGCAGAUUGCUGCCUUGAUCAAGGCUUCCAAAUCCUGCAGGCAGUUUUUGAAGUAUGAGUGCUUCAGCUCAGCCAUCCACGGCCGUAUUCUUGACCUUGAGGUGACCUACGCGAGCUGGGAGAGUCGUCAGGGUGAGAAGAUGGACUACUGGGCGGGGGCUAGUCCCGGCAGUGGCAAGUGUGCAUGUGGGGAGACAGGCACCUGCGCCAAGGCUAACCCACGCUGCAACUGCGAUGUCAACGACAAGCGCUGGCGUGCUGACGAGGGUUACCUGACAGACAAGGCCACGCUGCCCGUGUCACGUCUGAACUUUGGCGACACCGGCCACGAGUGGGAGCAGGGCUACUACACCCUGGGCAAGCUCGAGUGCACAGGCUACUAGCUACCAGCUGACAGGGACAAGUAUAUAGUAGGGACGGGUUAGCCUCCGUAGCAGGCUUAUAGAACUGGGGGUUUGGUGGUCUUCGGCUGUUUUCUGAUUAGCCCAGUUCUAAAAAAAACGGGGGUAAUUCAAC